GAAUAUUCUGCCGGAUGCAUAUCAUAGAUAUUGUGUAAGGAAUAUUGAGGCAAAUUGGUGCAGGAGAUGGGGUAAAGGUGAGUUGAAGAAGCUUUUGUGGUGGUCUGCAUAGGCCUCUUAUUCUGAGGAUUUGAAGACCAACUUAAAGCGAUGAAACAGGUAGAGGAAGAAGCCGGACCGAAUUUACUAGAUAGGUAUCCUCCCAAAACAUGGUGCAGAGCUUGCCUUGAUACAGUGUGUAAAAAUUAAGUAGUUGACAAUAAUUUUACAGAGUCCUUCAAUGGAUGGAUACUUAAAGCAAGAUACAUGCCUAUUAUUGGAAUGUUGGAAGAAAUUAAGGUUAAGGUGAUGACAAGGUUGGCAGAAAAGGAGGCCUUUGUGAUAAAGUGGAAAGAUGAUCAGUUUAGUCUCAAAAGUGAAGCAUUGUAUAAUGAGUUUUUAAAAAUAUCUCAAGUUUGUAGGGUGAGUGGUAAUGGGGACAAUGACUAUGAGGUCACAGAAGGUGAAGAUAGACACACUGUCAAUCUGAAGAAAAAGAAGUGCACUUGUAGGACAUGGGAUCUCACUAGAAUUCCAUGUCCACAUGCAAUUAAGGCCAUGAAGCACAGGAAAAUGAAUCCUAAGACUGAAAUUGAUUGGUAUUACAGCAAGGAUGCAUCUUUACAAGUUUAUAAAUACAAGUUGCAUCCUGUUAGGGGAGAACUCCUCUGGAAGAUUGACCCUUCACAAGCCAAGGAACCACCAAAUAUGGUCAAACUUGUUUGCAUACCUAAGACUUAAGAGGGAAAGACAAAAAAAAAGAGGCACUUAAGAGGCAAGGAGAAUGGAAGCAAUCUAGAAAAGGUAUAGUGAUGACAUAUGGCAGUUGUGGACUGCCUAAUCAUAAUUCAAGAAGUUGUGGAGAGCGUGCAAAGCAAGCAGCUAGUAAGAAAAAACAGCCUGCUGGGGGAAAAAGAAGCAGCCUACUUGGGAGUGGCAUAGUUGAUGAAGAAGAACACGAUGAACAAGAGAUCAACUUAAUAGCCCCCCACUUCGAGGAAGAUGAUGAAGACCCUCUUCUAAUGCCCAGAACAGAAUCCAAAGAAGUUUAUUUACAAAGGCUACAAAGUAGACAAAGAAUACAACAACCAACUGGGAGUAGAGUUAUAAGCUUCAGAGGUGAUAGAUAUGGUGUUAGUGAACCAACUAACCUUCUAAUAACACCAACUGGAUUAACUUGGAAGGGGAAAGAUGCGGCUACUACUAACCAGUUACAAGCAUAAAGGGCAGAAAAGUUGAGGACAAGAAGAGGAUAGUUUCAUUAGACUUAUAUCUUGGUCUGUUCUUUUACGUCUAUUUUGGAUUUGUUUUUGGGUGUCUUUUGAUGACUAUUUUGACAUGUAAUGGAACUGUUUUAGUGUCUAGCUUGGUGACUAAUGUUGCUACUAUUCUGGAUAUAGUUUUGGGUAUGUUUUGGGUCUAGUGCAGACAACUCUCUUUUGGCUAUUUUGUACAUGGAUAUUUUGUAGACAAUAUAUUAUUUUGUUUCAGAUUC